CUUUCCAAGCAAGCAAUGGCACUCUUAAAAUUCACUCUCACUCUCACUCUCACUCUCACUCUCACUCUCACCCUCACUCUCUCCGUCCUCUCAAUCUGCACCGUUGACGCUGCCCAGUCCCACCAACACCCUGCGGCGGCGGCGCCGUCACCCUCUUCCUCCCCCACAGCGGACUGCUCGUCUUUGAUCCUGAUCAUGGCGGAUUGCUUGACGUUCGUGUCGAGCGGGAGUCGGCUUUCCAAACCAGAAGGGACGUGCUGUAGUGGGUUGAAAACCGUGAUCCAAACCGACGGUGAGUGCUUGUGCAAGGCCUUUAAGAGCAGUGCUUCUCUUGGUGUUACUCUCAAUCUCACUAAGGCUUCCACUUUGCCCGCUGUUUGCAAAACUCCCCAUUCUUCCGUCCCUAAAUGCGCUUUGUCUCUUGUACCUGCUGCUGCUCCAGGUGUGCAACCAACACCAACAGCAGGUUCACCAACAACCGGCUCAGGGGGAGCAAGGGAGGCAGCACUGACGCCGGCUCCUCCUAAAGCAGGCUCAUCCGCGCUCUCGGUUUCAAUCGGAUCUCUUGUCGUAGGUCUCCUCAUAAUUAUGUCAGUUUAGGCUGUGGGAGUAACAGUAAAAUGUUAGUGAUGAUUUUAUCAUACGAAAGACCAUUUUCAUGUUUGGGCAAUGGAUAUUGGUGAUUAUUUAGUUUUCCCUUUUGUGGGUU